AUGGCCCUAAGACGACCGCACCGCAAAUCUCGCCAUGGCUGCCUGGAGUGUAAGCGGCGACGGGUAAAGACACAGUGCGAUGAGGCGAGGCCAGUCUGCUCCAACUGCGCCAAACGCCAUGCCGAGUGCGAAUACGGUUCAUCCACCUCUCUCCUCUGGGCAAACGAGGAGCGACCCCAAGGUCCAUCCGACCAAGACCGUGAUCGUGAUCGUGAUCGUGAGCGUGACCUCAUGAGUGGCAUAGGCUCCAUGGGCUCAGUAUCCGUAUCAACAGGAAGCCCGACCACACCCGCCGACACAUUAGGCCUACUAAACCGACUAGCCGACUCAAGCUCAACAGUCCCAGUCCUCAACCUGCACGAUCUGGAACUCAUGAUGCAAUGGUGUAACAUGACAUUCCAAACGCUCUCCCGAAACGAGCGAACAGAUCCAGUCUGGCGCAACAAUGUCCCCGAAGAAGCUCUCUCGCACCCAUUCCUCAUGCACGGAAUUCUCGCAGUCUCAGCUCUCCAUCUCGCGCGCACAGACUCAGAUCCACCCUCACGCUCGUCCUACCUAACCCGAGCCGUCGCGCACCAGAAUCAAGCCCUGGCACUAUUCCGCGAGAUACUCGGCGAUAUAACCGAGUCCAAUGCAAAAGCCAUGUUUGCUUUCGCAAGUAUCGUCGUCGUGUAUACAUUCGGAUUCCCCGCCCCGCCAGACGUCCAAGACCCCUGGACCUCUGUCGACGAUUUAUAUCAAGUUCUCGUCCUAACGCGAGGAAUUCAACAAGUCAUCCGAUCCCCAUCAGACUAUCUAAGUCAAAGCACUUUCGCCCCAAUUCUCCAAGUAGAACCCAUCACCGCAGCACCCUUACCCGCCGACGCAGCCGCAACAAUAAACCAACUCCACGAAGCGAACGAAGUCUGCGGCUCGCGAAACGAAUCCCACGAAACAGAAAUCUACACCUCAACCAUCGACAAUAUCGCCGAGAUGUUGAGCUGGGUUUACGGCGGUAUGACUGCCAGCGUGAUAGCGGGUCGCUGGGCGAUUCGACUACCAGCGCGAUUCAUGGAAUUGCUUCGUGAGCGCGAACCGAUGGCCCUUGUCAUGUUGGCUCAUUAUGGCGUUCUGCUUCAGGCUAUGCGUCAUCGGUGGUGCUUUGGGGAGUGGUGUGUUAGAGUCGCUAAGGCUGUUUGGGCAAUUCUUGAUGAUCAGUGGAGACCUUUGGUUGAUUGGGCUAUGAGGGCUAUACUUGGUGCGAAUUAUACUGAGCAGAUGGUUGCGUGA